CAGGUCACUGCUUUGUUGAACUGCUCUUGGCAAAUUGAAAGGAGCAAUUCACCAAUUACUAUACAGCUAUUUCAAGUGUGAUUUUAUUCUGGAUUUUAGAAGAGAUGAAGAGUAGAUAACCUUUUUUUCAAGAAAAUGUGGAUUCUUAUCAAGCAAAGUCCUGUUGACACGCAAUGCCUCUGAAACAAGAUGAAAAUCAAAGGAAAAUGGAAGGAAAUCAAAUCCCAUUUGUUGAUUUGAAAACUGCUCUUUUGUGGAGCACCGACAAGGAUGACGGCAAAAGACAGGGAGACGGAGGAGGCCCACCUGUCCAACAACAUCAACGCGCAGGGUCGAUUGGGGAGCACGUGUGAACCUGACCUCGGCGUCCCUCCCAGCGGAGUCGUGAGGGAGAGGGGCCGACACUGGGGAUCGAUGCUGUCCGGGAUCAUUUGUGUAAACAUUUUGAUCCUGGGAUGCUCCUUGGCCAGCGGCAGCGCUCACAACGACGUGAACAUCAGAACCUCAGACCUGCAGAUUUACCUCAUCAUCCUCCUCCUGCUCACCUCCAUUUGGAUGAUUUACUACACCAUUUUCACGUCCAGGAAAGAAAAUGCUGUCUUGUACCAGGAUGCCCACGCAGGACCGAUAUGGCUCAGGGGGGGACUUGUGCUAUUCGGGCUGCUCAGUAUCAUCAUGGACAUCUUCAAGAUAGCCAGCUAUGUGGGCUACCUGCACUGUGACUCGGCUGUUAAGGUUGCAUUCCCUGUGGUGCAACUUGUUUUCGUACUGGUGCAGACAUACUUCUUGUGGAUCCAUGCGAAGGACUGUGUGCAGCUACAAAGGAAUAUAACACGCUGUGGGCUGAUGCUCACCCUCUCCACAAAUCUGGUGGUGUGGAUGACAGCGGUCACAGAAGAGUCUCUUCACCAAACAACCAUUCCCGAAUAUCCUGAGAAUACCACUAAACUCCAUGGACGAAGCCAGUACAUCCUGAGAGCGAGUUAUGGAGACAGUAAGUGCAAGUGCAGCCACACUUCAUGUAGCAUCUUCAAGGAGGCCUACUACUACCUGUACCCAUUCAAUAUCGAGUACAGCCUCUUUGCCUCUGCCAUGGCCUAUGUCAUGUGGAAAAACGUAAGUCGAGUGGCAGAUGAACACUCCCACCACAAAAUUAAAUUCAGUCUGAGGAAUGUCUUUCUCGGGCCUGUGACAGGAAUGCUCUUAGUUGUGGCAGGCCUGGCAACUUUCAUCGUAUACGAGAUGGAAAUGAAAAAGGAAAGCGAUGACGACAACGAUAAAGACAAAUACGUGAUGAUGCACUUUGUCAUGAAUAUAGUCAUAGUGACCAUGAUGUCCAUUUCCACCGUGAUCGGCUGCGCUAUCUACAAGGUAGACCACAGGGAGCAUGUUUCUGAGAAAAACCCCACACGCAGCUUGGACGUAGGGCUGCUGGUGGGAGCCUCACUGGGGCAAUUCGUCAUCAGCUACUUCACCAUCGUAGCCAUGAUUGCAACAGGAGCCAAAGGCUACUUAAACCGACUCAACCUGGCCUGGGGCAUCCUGAUGGUGAUCCAGCUCGGCCUGCAAAACUUUUUCAUAAUCGAAGGGCUGCAUCUGGAGCCCUUCCAUGAGGUGCAAACCGUCACUGUGGUUUUAAAUCCAUAUGUGCUGCAGCCAGGCAAAGAGCUGAGCAGCCUGGAGGAAUCGGACAUGGGCAAGAAGGCCAGCCCGAUGCCCACCGAGCACAGCCCACACGGCCACACGGCUGACCACAGACCCAAACUGUUAUGGAAGAGACGGGUGUUGAAGGAGGUCUGCACGUUUCUGCUACUGGGCAACAUCAUACUGUGGAUCAUGCCGGCUUUUGGUGCUCGUCCCCAGUUCGACCAUGACACUGAAACUGAAUUCUACAACUUCAACAUGUGGGCGGCCAUCGUCAAUGUUGGACUCCCCUUUGGCAUCUUUUACCGCAUGCAUUCAGUCGCCAGUCUGUUUGAGGUUUUUCUGACCUCAUAACACUGCAGGAGGACCAACAUUUUUGAAUUUAUAAAAAUUUAAAGAAAAAAAUUGUAGACCUGUUUUUUUUUUCGCUCUUUGUUAUUUCUCCAUGUACCAAAGCCACCAUAAACAUUUGUGAAGUUGACACGACUGACGAAUGUAAUCGCUUUGAUGUUGCUCAAUAUGUUAUAGCAUGUAUAGCUGACAAUGAAAAUGUAUUCAGAAGAUUAUUUUCAAGGCAAAAAAAACCAAACGAACAAAAAACAUUGAAGCUGAUCUUGUACAAUUUAAUGUUUCAAGCUGUGUAUGCACAACAUAAAGGCAAGUAAUGAAAUAAACUGAAUGAAAGGGAA